AUGGCAAACCCAGAGCAGGGAAAUCAAACAGUUCUCACAGAAUUCAUCCUGCUAGGAUUUGGGAAUCUCCCUGAGCUACAAAUUCUUCUUUUCCUCCUGUUUCUCAUCAUCUACAUUGUGACCGUGGCUGGGAACGUUCUCAUCAUUGUGCUAGUUGUGGCUGAUCAGCAACUUCACACUCCCAUGUACUUCUUCCUGGGGAACUUGUCCUGCUUGGAGACCUGCUACACCUCCACCGUCCUGCCCAGGAUGCUGGCCAGUUUCCUGACUGGGGACAGAACCAUUUCCAUUAGCGGUUGUCUCACACAAUAUUAUUUUUUUGGUUUCCUGGCAGUUGCAGAGUGCUAUCUCCUGGCAGUGAUGUCCUAUGAUCGGUAUUUAGCGAUAUGCAAACCACUGCACUAUGCUGUCCUUAUGAAUGGCAGGUCCUGCCUCCAGCUAGCAGUUGGCACUUGGGUAAGUAGUUCUUUGACUGCUGACAUAACAAUAUUUUUAAUGCAACAAUUGACUUUCUGCGGCCCCAAUGAAAUUGACCAUUUCUUCUGUGACUUCAUCCCAGUAAUAAAACUCUCCUGCAGUGACACAGGUAUGAUGGAGCUUGUCACUACCAUGCUAGCUCCUAUAUGCACUCUCCUGCCAUUUUUAUUAACGCUGGCAACAUACAUCUGUAUCAUCACCACCAUCCUGCGAAUGCCUUCCACCACCGGGUGGCAAAAGGCCUUUUCCACCUGCUCCUCUCACCUCAUCGUGGUGUCAAUUUUCUAUGGGACCAUAAUGAUUGUCUACAUGCUACCAAAAACUGAUACACUGAGAGACCUGGACAAAGUGUUCUCCGUCUUCUACACAGUCGUGACUCCCAUGGUCAACCCCCUCAUAUACAGUCUGAGGAACAGAGAGGUCAAAGAGGCCCUGGGAAAAGCUGUCACUAAACUCUCUGCUGUUAAAAGGAUUCAGACUGUCCUGCCAUAGUUUGUUCAGUGCCUGUGAAACGGGAAUGAGCUGGUUUGCUGUAAUGUGUCUGAGUCACCUCUCUCACUGGCCAUCGGGCUUUUUAGGUUAGGUCAGUAGCUGCUAUAGCUUGCACUCAAUAUUCGGACUGAUAUUUCUGUUGUUUUGGCUUAGGGAUGCAGGUCUUUGUGGUUUGAUUAGUCUAAUAUUUAUCACAGCUGUUGUGGGUUACUUUAAAACACUUUGUCAAGGAGUCACCAAGGUAGAGAGGUGCCAUCCUGUGUGUGUCUCCAUUACAACGCAGUCUGUAAUUAUAUGAGCACACACUGUGUUUUAUACCAGGCCCCUUUAUUGUACCAUAUAUUUUUCAUCUAGCUCCUUCAAUGUGCAACAUUAAUGU